UCAUUUAGAGUGAGUGGACAUGAUGGGGAAGCCAGAGCAAGAGCUAGAAAACACGAAUUAAACGUUUCAAGAAGUAUCAAAAACAACUUUUAAAGUUACUUGUCUGGUGGUUUCAGCUUUCGUCGGCAUGUAUUAGCACCUUGAAGAGAAGCAGCAGCUUUGGCAGUACGUCUUUCUUACUGCGAUAGGAAUUACAGCCAGUUUCGGAGGAUGUCAGCCCCCAGCAACUCGCUUCAGCAGCCGCGAGUGAGACGCAGUAAUGCGGGCUCCCCUGGCUCGUUCAACAACAGCAGCAGCUGCCGUUUGCACCCCAUCCGUGCCACCGUGCCCUACCAGCUUCUGCGUGCGGGUCAGAACAGUCCAACGCGGGCGCAAAGCCUCUACGGAGGAGCCACGAACAGCCGGGGCUCUAGUCCCCCCUCCAGCCCUACGCUCAAUUCAGGAAGUGCAACUGCUAAGCAGAGACUGUCCCCAGAAAGUAAGGACUCCUCCUGUCCUCCAGACUCUCCAGUUUCCAGAGCAGAAAGGUCCAAGCUACAAGUUCGGACUUCCAGUGCCAUUCGGCGGACAUCUUCCCUUGACGCCAUCACAGGUCCUUACCUAACUGGUCAGUGGCCUCGGGACUCCCACGGACCCUAUCCCUCCUGUAUGAAAGACAAAGCUACACAGACUCCGGGUCUUUGGAUUGAUGAGGGAGCAGAACAAGGAAGUCCUCAUCAGCGGUCAGCCUCCUGGGGAAGUGCAGACCACCUAAAAGAGCAGAUUGCUAAACUGAGAAUGCAGCUGCAGCGCAGCAAACAGGUCAGCCGGCAGAGCAAAGACAGAGAGCAGAGCUCACUGCAGCUGUCCCAACAAGCGCAGCAUGGCAUUGCAUGCCAACCACAGUACAAGGGAACUUCAACAGCCUUGUCAGCAAUCCCAGUGCCAAAGUCUCUCAUAUGCAGAGUGCCGAGCAGUGUGGAGGGCAUCAACCAUGAGCUAGAAAAUGUUUUUAUCAAAGAGGACUUGGAACACGGGAUACAGACCAUGGACGUGUUAGACGGUCGCCGUGCCCCCUUCCCUCCACAUCACUACAGCAGCAGUGGGGACACACGUGACACAGACACACAGGCACCUUCAAGCGGUGACUCUAGCCCACUGCACCGUCCCUGCAGCUCUGACCACCUCCACUCCCCUGAUGGAAGCCCCUGCUCCGCAGAGGAGAUCGACAAAGACAGUGUGUGCAGUUCUCCUCUCCCAAAGUUCGCCACUUCUCCUAAACCUAACAACAGCUACAUGUUCAAACGGGAGCCUCCUGAGGGCUGUGAGAAGGUCAAAGUGUUCGAGGAGUUGGUGUCUGGCAAAUCGAAAGGCUUCCCCCUAUUCUCAUGCCCCGACAAAAACAAGGUGAACUUCAUUCCCAGGGGCUCAGCCUUCUGCCCCGUCAAACUCCUCUGCUCCUCCCUCUUCUCCCCUGUCUCUCCCUCGUCCUGCUCCUCCGCCAGCUCUGGUCUCCAUGGCAACGACAGCCCAGGGCCUCAGGUGACCCCAAAUCAACCCACUGCACCACUAGCUACCUUCCCGGCCUCCGCUGACUGGAGCACCGACACAAGCACAGGCAUAAACACAAACAACAGCACAGAUAGCCAGAGCCCCGACACAGACGCGGGGAAAGACGGCUCUGCACAAGUACUCCUCACCAGCUAGUCCUCAGGUAUUCAUGACCACACCACCUGCAGCUGAAACGGUUCAGCUCGUCACCUGGUGUGGUUAAAAACAAAGGAAAAAAAUAGAAAAACAGCAAAAAAUAAUCCUUGCACUCCGUUAAUCCUAACGUUAGCCAGCAGGGAGUGCCCAAGGUCUAAAGAUGACAAACACACCAGCGUUUUCUGCUAGGUCAGUGUUUGCUGCGCUGUUUGUUAACUCAAUAAAGCUUGAUGGUUUUGUAGCUGUCGACCAGACUAAAGAGUGUACUGACCUUGGGCACAGCUUCCCUUUACCCACAACUAACCUAGCCUUCUCCUCUGUACCAGGACAGAACCAGUAACAGAAAUAGCUUUGCUUUAUUUUGCAUAAAAUAGAAAAAAAACCAGCUCCGAAUAUUGUGUUACAUAGUGCCUGCAGUUUAAUCAAGGUAAGAUAAAAAAGGAAACCGUUCAAAAGAGACACCUCUGAGGAGUCAGAGAACAUAUUCUACUCAUGUUAUCUAACCAGCUUCUUAGCUGUUCAGUGUUCAGCGAGCUAACAACUUUAGUAUGUAUACAUAAGCUUUUUGACAGGAGGGGAAAGUGAUUAGUUUCAUAUUUUUACCAUAUCAGGAUGUCUUACAGUCAGAUUACAUUUCCCCACAUUAACCACAGUGUUUGCACUUGUUAAGACCUGGCUCAGAGUGAUACAAGCCAUGGCCUAUUUUCUAUUUGUUUAUUUUAUAGUGUUUGUAGCACAGUGUCUAUGUGAAACCAGCGAGUGCAGGCUACACCCAACAGGCAUACAAGCUAAGGGCUGGAUCUGCAUUUCUAGUCUGGUCAUUAUUAAAGGGAACCCUGCAUACUGAGACAAACUACCUUUAUUUAAUUAACACUUGAGUGUGUGUUGUUUGAAGGGGCACACUAGAUUUCUACAAUUUAAAAAAUAAAUUCUAAUGUAGGGUGCCAUUAUUUUGCAGUGCACUCUGGAUUAAUCUCAAAUGGUUGCAUAGUUUUUGUAUUUUUAAGGUGUUCUGACCAUGCCGUUAUAAAUCCCUGCUAUCGUUACGCCUAAAGACAAUCAGGAUGCAUUUAGUGUCCCUGUCUGUUAAUUUACGUUGUGCUAUUGCAUUGUGAGAGGGUUUGUCCAGCAGGUGUCUUUUUCUGCCUGAUAAGAACCUUAUUUAAAUCAGCACUUAGGUGUAUUAGAUGUCGGUAUUAAAUUCACUGGACAGAUAAACACUACUGAAAUCUACAUAUGCCACUUUAUUUGGUUCGAUGUUUGUUAACAGGGUCAGUGCUGGCUGAUGUUAAAUUGGUGCAUCAGUGCAUCCCUAGCUCACAUGGAGUGCUGGGCCCCCCAGUUGGCUCUGCUGCUUCCCAUUUUUUGCCUCUGCAGGGCCUCUGUUACUACCCUUAAAGCCAGCAUGGAGGAGGGGACACUUCACCCUCCACAGUGGCUCCACAAAGUUCAUAGGUGAAGGCUAAACAUUACUCAGGCAUCAGUAUCACAUCUAUCUUGGCAACACCCCUAGACAAUACCUGGGAAGGACGUAACUAUGCAGAAAAUCUUAGAGGGUGAGCAGAUGAUCAAGGCUAAUCAGAGCAACAACAAAACAUAUGAUGUGGUAGGCAUGCGCCACCCCAGGGGGUCAACAGUGAGCCUGACAGGCAGCUGUUAUCAUUGUUUACUAUCAGUGGAGCUGGUUUGUAAGAAAAAUCUUUAGCCAAAGCUUUCAGUGUGGUUCUUUGCCCAUCUUUUAAGAAAUGCCCAGUUCUUAUAAUUGUCAGUAUUGCUACCAUGACCACCAUUGUUUACAGGCUAGCCAUGCACCCAAACCAUGCUUAUAGCUAUAGCCUUGUUCUCCUCAAAUGAUUCUGAUUGGUCAAGUAGUUUUCUGAAAAGUGUUUGAGCUUGAGGCUUUCCAAGAUAAAUCUGCCUGAUGACAAACAUGGAUGCUGCCCAAACCAUCUGAUUUGCAAGGUUAAGAUAUCACACCUUGAAAUGGCACCACAAAUCCGUCUGUUAUGAAGAGGACAACAAGGGCAGAGUUUCUAUAAUGUCAGAAGGAUGUGGCGAGACAAUGCAACCAUUUGACAUCCCCACCCAGGCUGUAUUUGUACAACAGUGUCAGCCUGUGUGCAAAUCGAGCUUUCAAAUCGUCUCACAAUGGAGAAAUCUGCUGCACUUGUUUGAAAAAGAGACAUAAAAAGACAGCAAUGUUAAUCAAAUAAGGACAGGGUGUCUUAAAAUGCAGGAUCCCCUUAGAAACUUGGUUAGCUCAACACAAAUGCACAUCAGCUGUUUUUCAGUGACCAAAUAACCAAACACAGGAAGCACACAGCUCCCCUAUAACCUUGUUUUACGCCCCUCUCUACACAGAACAGUAUCUCAGGUGAAGUGGAAUGUACUUGCUUGGACUAUGUUGCCUUUCAAAGUGUUUGACUUUCUUUCUAGAGAAAGACAUUCCAGUCUUUGCAGAAAUGUUUUAUUUUUAUUUUUUAACCCGGAGAGGGACGUUAUUACGAACUGAAUCGACUGAGUGAUGUCACAGCUCGUGACAGAUGACUUUUGAAUUAACCUGUUCAGGUUAGAGUUUCAGGUGCUAUGAAACAUUCCACGGAUUGCUGUGGCAUCGUUAAGAUGCUAAAACUCAAGUAAACACAACUAGCUGCAUACAGUAAGCUACACCCUCCUGAUCGGGAAGUUGACAAAUAUGUCGUUUGUUACAUCCCCUUUGUUUAAUGUGUACCAAAGUAAAUUAAGAAAUGAUGGAAGGCCUGUCAUGUGUUAGGGAGAAAAAAAAAGGCCUGUUUGUUUUUGCGACAGAAGCAGAAAGUUUGUUUUGUUUUGUUUAAAAACAGUACAGCAACAUAUAAACACUGGUUCAGAGUGUUUCUAACACAGACGAUAAUCCUUAGACCAACGCCAGAGCACUUACUUGGAGGUGAGAUGAUAAUCACUAUUUUUAUUUUAGACCAUCUUCUAAGUUAAAACAAUCAGAACUUGAGUGUGCAAUUUCUUUUGUUUGAAGUAAAGCUACACUAACUAUUUUUGUGUAACACCGUUUGGCUCAGUAAUAAUAAACAGAUCAAACUCAACAUGUCCAAACUUUUCCUACACAGACGUAAAGAUGACUGAUUUAGUGAAGUAGUAAAUUGUGUUCAUUCCAAAUCUUUGGUCCAUCGAGCCCACUUGCACGUGGAAACAAAAAUGAACAAUAUGCAACACAUUCCUCACAGGUUAUGUUAAAUAACUCUUUACUGCUCACAGCUUCAGGAGUUUCAAUCAUACUAACACUGAUUUAUUCACAAGCUCAUUGUGUGGUGCGGAUAAGAAAUGGUCACCCUGUUUGGCAAUGAUGAUUCAGUUCUCCUGUGUAUUACGCAUUUUUAUGUAGAUCUUGUGUGU